AUGUUGGGAAUGGAUCAACGGCGAUGUUAUAAUUUAUGAGUUGCCUUCAGAACCACAUGAAAUUGGUAUCGGAGCAAUUACUACCAUGAUAUUGAAUCAAACUAGUGCAGCCGCUUUUACCAACGCUCGACUCGGCGACAAUUUAUUUCGUCCGGCAAAACCAGAAGUAGAUAUCCCAACGGGAUUGAUAAAAAGGCGUGGCAUUAUUGCAUCCUGGAUAGAAGAACUAGCAUCAUCUGAUAUUUCUUCCAAUACUCAUACAUACUUGUCUGAGUCUAAAUUGUCAGACAAUAAAGAGAUCGAUGAGUUUCCGGAUUUUAAAAGUAAGGAAAAAGUUAAUAGUGAGAUAAAACAAUGCAAUAGGAAGAAGAAGCUUCGAAAUCAAGGUCUAUCUUUGGUAAGAUAUAAGAAAAAGGAAACAGAUAAACUCUGGCAAGAAUUAUUCAAUACUUCUUUAGAGUCAAGUUCACAAGAUCACUUUAUAUCAAAAAAUAUUAAACCAGGACAGAUCGAAAUUUCUGAGAGAACAUGUAUAGUUCUGUGA